AUGUUCCUCUAUUCUUCCAUGCUUCUAGGCACUGCCCUACUGCUCCAGCAAGGGCAGAGCCACCAUCCCCAUCCUAUAGCUAUCCCCGAUGUACCCAAGGAUAGCAGCCCGGUUUCCAGGGACUUACAGUCCUUUUCUAUUGAAUUUGCUUUUUUCCCUGAUUUUGCCGGCAACAUAUCGCACCCAAAUGAGUUUUCCAAGGCCUUGCUGGGCAACUUGGGGAAAGUCACCGGCAUCUUUCCCAAAGUCCGAGUGGGAGGCACUACUCAGGAUCAUGCCACUUAUUUCCCGCACCAGGAGGAAAACAUCCACCUGAUCUAUGAGAACCCGUCGGAUGACCAGCCAAAGCAGAUUAAUUAUGGUCCCAGGUUUUUCGAAUCGUAUCAUACUCUGGGCGAUGUCAAAUAUAUCCAUGGAUUGAACCUGAACCAGACUGAUCCCACCCAACUUGAGACUGCAGCUACCCAAGCGUGCAAGUCGAUUGGAUCCAAGUUGCAUCUCCUCGAGCUGGGCAAUGAAUUCAAUGUAGCGCCAAUAAUGUACCGCCCUUCGAAUUACUCGAUUGGCGAUUAUGUUCGUGAAUGGAAUUCCAAGUCAGAAAGCGUUAGGAGAACGGUCCAGAAGGCUUGCGGUGACUUCCCGGGGCUCAUGGCGCCCAGCUGCAUUUUGCUUGAUGGCAUCGAUAUUGGCCCUCUCCUGGAGAAACUCCCAGUACAGGGUUCCUUGCCUGACUUUAUUGAUCCUACCAAAACCGCGGAGAGGAUAUUUAACCACGGGUACGAUGAGAAGAACCUGACCAAGGAACUUUCGUUCCAUCACUACAUGGGUAUGAAUUUGCCCAUGUUCCCGGUUUUCCCUAAUGAUCUCCAAAAGACUAUCAUGAAUCAUACAAACAUAGUUGAGGGCCUCAAGUCACACAUCCAGCGUGCUCAGAAACUUGCAUACCUUGGCCAUCCAUAUAUCCUUGGAGAGACCAACUCUAUCGGCGUCCAAGGACGCGAUGGAGAAACAAAUAACAUCAAGCGUCUCCACUUCCACCAAGGCCUAGAUUACCGCUACGGCUCAUGGCAGCCUAUCCAAAGCAAGAAACAAGCCCCGACUACCAGAGCCCCGUAUUACGGCCACAUCAUGGUUGCGUCUGCUAUCGGUUCUUCAGGCAACACUCGAGUGGUGAAUAUCCCCCUGCGCAGGGAUACCGAGUCAGCAUACGCAAUCUACGAAGGGGACAAACUGACGAAGCUUGCUGUCCUUAACCUCCGAGUUUUUAAUCAUACAACAGACAGCACUCGUCCGAGCAGGAGAUACAGCUUCCAAGUGCCAGAACAAUUUACUCAUGCCAAGGUUGAACGACUCACUGCCCCAGGGAGCGAUAUGUUGGAUAAUAUCACUUUUGGGGGCGUUUCAUAUGACCAUGAUCUGAAGCAAGGAAAGCCAGUCGUUAUUGAUCCAAAGGAAGAGACGACUGCAAUCCAGAAUGGGAUACUCGGUAUCACUCUGCCGGACUCCUCUGCUGUCCUCUUGACAUUGAAAUAA